UCAGUUUCUUCCCCAAUGGCCCGCGUGCCGCUGGGGCGGAGUCUCACUCUGUCACCCAGGCUGGAGCACAAUGGCGUGACCUCAGCUCACCACAACUUCCGCCUCCCAGGUUCAAGGGAUUCUCCUGCCUCAACCUCCCAAGUAGCUGAGAUUAUAGAUCUGGAGUGGUAUGAGAAGUCCGAAGAAACACACGCCUCCCAGAUAGAACUACUUGAGACAAGCUCUACGCAGGAACCUCUCAACGCUUCGGAGUCCUUUUGCCCAGGAGACUGCAUGGUACCGGUGGUGUUUCCUGGGCCUGUGAGCCAGGAAGGCUGCUGUCAGUUUACUUGUGAACUUCUAAAGCAUAUCAUGUACCAACGCCAGCAACUCCCUCUGCCCUAUGAACAGCUUAAGCACUUUUACCGAAAACCUUCUCCCCAGGCAGAGGAGAUACUGAAGAAGAAACCUCGGGCCAACACUGAGGUGAGCAGCAGGAAAUGCCAACAAGCCCUGGCAGAACUGGAGAGUGUCCUCAGCCACCUAGAGGACUUCUUUGCGCGGACACUAGUACCGCGAGUGCUGAUUCUCCUUGGGGGCAAUGCCCUAAGCCCCAAGGAGUUCUAUGAACUCGACUUGUCUCUGCUGGCCCCCUACAGCGUGGACCAGAGCCUGAGCACAGCAGCUUGUUUGCGCCGUCUCUUCCGAGCCAUAUUCAUGGCUGAUGCCUUUAGCGAGCUUCAGGCUCCUCCACUCAUGGGCACCAUCGUCAUGGCACAGGGACACCGCGACUGUGGAGAAGAUUGGUUUCGACCCAAGCUCAACUAUCGAGUGCCCAGCCAGGGCCACAAACUGACUGUGACCCUGUCAUGUGGCAGACCUUCCAUCCGAACCAUGGCUUGGGAAGACUACAUUUGGUUCCAGACACCAGUGACACUUAAAGGCUUCCGCGAGUGAAUGAGUGCUUCUUAAUCCUAAAAACACAAUGGCUGAAUUAUCUUUCUCCAUGUGGUGCUGAAUCACCCAUCUAGUUUGGAGCUAGAGUUGCUUCCUGUUGAGAGAGGAAGCAAUUGUUCUUCUGGUUGUCUGCCUUCCCUCCUCAGAUUUUCUGAUAGGCUGAUGGCAUGUGGCUGUGACUGUGACUGUAAUCAUUGCUGAACAACAUCUCUUUGAAUCAAAGGUUGAUUUUCCCAGAGGGUGCUGGGUCAGGCAUUUCUAUUAGGGGUUGGAAAGCAAAGAUGGGUCCAUAGACACUCUAUGGAGGUGUCCCUUUCUGCUCUUUGCUGUGUCCUUUCAGAAUUUUUACCAGGAACAUAAUGUGGAUAUGACUUAUGAACUUAAAUAUAAAAUAAAUAGGUUCUUAUUAUA